CAGAGAGAGGAACAACUAUACUUUUAUAUAGUGCAUGGUCGUGACUCGCAUUUCGAUGCUUCCGAUUCCGAUUCUGUCUGACCUAACUGACAAGUUUUGCAUUGCGAAUUAUUAAUAUUUACAUCGUAGAAUUGUUAUAUAUACAUCGGAGCAAAAAUGAGUAUUCUCGCGUACAAUGGCGGUGCUGUGAUAGCCAUGAAGGGCAAGAAUUGUGUUGCCAUAGCGGCUGAUCGUAGAUUCGGUAUACAAGCGCAAACGAUUAUGUGCGAUUUUCAAAAAAUUUACGAGAUGGAACCACACCUGUACAUCAGUCUGCCCGGGCUUGCCACUGACACCCAGACUGUCAUGGAGAGGCUACGCUUUCGCUUGAAUCUUUAUGAAUUGAAGGAGAAUAGAAAGAUUCAUCCUAAAACGUUUACCGCGAUGGUCUCGAAUCUUCUGUAUGAAAAGAGAUUUGGACCAUAUUUUGUAGAACCCAUAAUUGCUGGGUUAGAUCCUGUUACACUUGAACCAUUCAUUUGCAAUAUGGAUUUAAUAGGAUCCAGAAACAUAUCUGAAGAUUUUGUAGUGGGUGGAACAUGUACAGAGCAAUUGUAUGGUAUGUGUGAAUCGCUUUACGAACCGAAUUUAGAACCCGAUGAACUGUUUGAGACUGUCAGCCAAGCUUUAGUCAAUGCCUUUGAUCGGGACGCGAUAUCUGGAUGGGGUGCUGUUGUUUAUAUUAUAGAGAAGGAUAAGGUCACAAAGAGGACUAUCAAAACGCGAAUGGAUUAAAUACAAUCUUUUUUUACAUCAAUAUGCUUGGCAAACAUUUCACAAUUAUUAUUGUAAUUAAGUCUAAGAAAUGGAAACAAAGCUUACAA